AUGGCAAUGAAAAACUACAGUGCCAUCAGUGAGUUUACUCUCCUUGGACUUUCUGCUGACCCCUGCAUUCAGGCUAUGCUCUUUGUGUUGUUCCUUCUGAUUUACCUCCUCACUCUGAUGGGGAAUUUCUUGAUGCUGCUGGUGAUCACAGCUGAUUCUCAACUCCACACACCCAUGUACUUCUUCUUGAGACAACUCUCCUUCCUAGACCUGUGCCACUCAUCUGUCACAGCUCCAAAGAUGCUGGAGAAUCUACUUUCUGAAAGGAAAACCAUCUUUGUAGAGAGCUGUUUGGCUCAGGCCUUCUUUGUAUUUGCCACUGGCGGCACUGAGGCCUGUCUGCUGGCUGUGAUGGCCUAUGAUCGUUAUGUUGCCAUCAGCUCCCCUCUGCUCUAUGGCCAGGUGAUGAGUAACCAGCUCUGUGUUGGGCUGGUGUGGGUCUCGUGGGUCCUGGCCUUUGUUGAUGCUCUCAUCAAUAUCCUCCUGGCAGUCAGUUUAGACUUCUGUGAGAACCAGACUAUACCCCACUUUAGCUGUGAGCUGUCUUCUCUCUUCCCUCUGUCUUGCUCUGAUACCUCUAUCAACUUCACAUUACUGCUUUGCUCCUCUGCCUUGCAUUUCUUUGGAACGCUUGUUAUGAUUGUUUCUUCUUAUGCCUGCAUUGUCCCCACCAUCCUGAGGGUCAACUCCAUGACAGGCAGAAGCAAGGCCUUCUCCACCUGCUUGUCCCACCUCACAACUGUGAUCUUGUUCUAUGGCUCAGGUUUCAUCAGCUACCUCUUACCAGAUUCAGGUUCCCCUCUGGAAAUGGCCUUUUCUCUGCAAUACAGUAUGAUCACUCCCAUGCUGAAUCCCCUCAUCUACAGCCUGAAGAACAAGGAGGUGAAAGCAGCUAUGGGAAGAAUGGUCAGAAAAUAUUUUCAUCUGCUUAUAUAA